GAGACACUGACUCACACAGGAGAGAGAGAGAGAGAGAGAGAGAGAGAGAGAGAGAGAGAGAUCUGCAGCAGCAUGCUCCGACAGACUGAAUAACUCCGACAGAGACAGAGGAACCGCGCGGACUCCAAGUUCAAAAACUUCUUCAAACUUUUCUUUCCUCGAGUUUCCAGGACGAGCCAACAUCUGUGUCACCUUUCCUGCCGUGGAUGAGUGCACGAAGCGUGGAUGGUUAUGUUUGAAAAGGAGUCAGGACAGACGCUGGACCAGUCGACCGCAACAGUGAUGCCUUCCAACAAAUACUCUGCUGCUAUCAUGGAGGAGAGCAACAACAUGACAGCAACUGCGCCGGUGAACGGAGACACGCCUCCGGCUGAGGGCCUAUCGGAGAACGACAGCGGCGUGGAGCUGACCAAUGAGAACAGCCCUCUGACCGCGGCCGAACCUCCCUCCCCCUUCAGCCCCAAGCAGAACGGCGACGCCGCCUCACCUCAAGAUGAUAACCAGUGUUCGAGGGGAAGCAGGAAGAGGAGCAGGAAGAAGUCAGAGGAGGAGGAAGCUACCUGGGACUCCUACAGCGAGGAUAAAUCGUCAGGAGCGUCUCAGUUGGGUUUGAGACAAACACCUCGACCCAGAACUAUCUUCCAAGCCGGUCUGACACCGCACACACACUCCAAACCUCGCAGACAAAACCGCAAACAGGAACACAACAUGUUACAGUGUGCUGGUGGUCCUCGGCCGGCUGUGGUCGUGUCCGGCAGGGUCCCCGAGGCCCCACGCCUGGAGCUGAUGGAACAAGACUCCAAGGACUCGGCCCAGAGCAUCAGCACCUCGUCCAGCUCCGAAAUCCAGCCGGAGUACAACGACAACAAGGGGUUUGGCAUCGGCGAGCUUGUGUGGGGGAAGAUCAAGGGUUUUUCCUGGUGGCCCGGCAUCGUGGUGACGUGGCGCGCCACUGGCAAACGUCAGGCCAGCCACGGCAUGAGGUGGCUGCAGUGGUUUGGAGACGGCAAGUUCUCUGAGGUUUCAGCAGACAAACUGGACUCCAUCACCGCCUUCCCUAAGUUCUUCAGCCAGGCUUCGUACACCAAGCUGGCCUCCUACCGCAGAGCUAUCUUCCAGGCGCUGGAGAUGGCGAGUAUCCGGGCGGAGAAGACGUUUACCCCCUGCGAGUCGGACAAUCCCGAAGACCAGGUCAAACCCAUGCUGGACUGGGCCAACGGUGGCUUCCUGCCUAAAGGAGAGGAAGGCCUCAAACCUACUCACACCGCCGACAGUAACCCUCUGGACCACCAGGUCCUCGAUGUGUCCCUGCCAGAGUAUUUCCCCAGUGCGAAGCGGGCCAGAGUCAGUCUCUGUAAGAACAAGGCCCCCGAGGAGUCGUACAGCAGAGAACAAAUGGUGAAUGAAGUUCUGAAGAAUAAAAGAAGUAUAGAAGAGUUCUGUCUCUCCUGUGGAAAAACGAGAGCAGCAACCUUCCACCCGCUGUUUGAAGGAGGCCUGUGCCAAACAUGCAAGGACGUUUACCUGGAGAUGUCCUACAUGUACGAUGACGACGGUUACCAGUCCUACUGCACCGUCUGCUGCGGAGGUCGAGAGGUUCUGCUCUGCGGCAACGCCAACUGCUGCAGGUGUUUCUGCGUGGACUGUCUGGACAUCCUCGUCGAUCCGGGAGCGUCCAACAACGCUCGGUACUUGGACCCGUGGCGAUGCUACAUGUGCCAGCCGCUGCUGCAGUACGGCGUCCUGAAACGGCGGCACGACUGGAGCCUGAAGCUGCAGGAGUUCUUCGCCAGCGACAACGGACAGGAGUUUGAGAAACCAAAGAUUUACCCAGCAGUCCCUGCAGAGCAGAGACGACCAAUCAGAGUCCUCUCCCUGUUUGACGGCAUCGCCACCGGCUACCUGGUUCUAAGAGACCUGGGCUUCAAGGUGGACCAGUACGUGGCGUCGGAGGUGUGCGAGGACUCCAUCUCAGUGGGUGUCGUCAGACAUGAAGGAAAGAUCCAGUACGUCCACGAUGUCCGAGACAUCACAAAGAAAAACCUUCUGGAGUGGGGUCCUUUCGACCUGGUGAUCGGAGGAAGUCCCUGCAACGACCUGUCGAUUGUCAAUCCUGCCAGGAAAGGCCUCUAUGAAGGCACAGGGAGGUUGUUCUUCGAGUUUUACCGUCUGCUGAGUGAGGCCAAGCCCAAAGAAGGAGAGAACCGGCCGUUCUUCUGGAUGUUUGAGAACGUGGUCGCCAUGGGCGUCAAUGACAAGAGGGACAUCUCACGAUUCCUGGAGUGUAACCCGGUGAUGAUUGAUGCCAUCGAGGUCUCUGCUGCUCACCGUGCCCGAUACUUCUGGGGAAACCUGCCGGGCAUGAACAGUCCUCCUGUCUUCCACAGGCCUCUGUGUGCCUCCGGGAUGGACAAGCUGGAGCUGCAGGACUGUCUGGAGCACGGCAGAGUUGCAAAGUUUGGGAAGGUGCGUACCAUCACUACCCGCUCCAACUCCAUCAAACAAGGGAAGGACCAACACUUCCCUGUGCUGAUGAACGGGAAGGAGGACAUACUGUGGUGCACUGAGCUGGAGAGGAUCUUUGGCUUCCCUGUCCACUACACGGACGUGUCCAACAUGGGUCGCGGUGCCAGACAGAAACUCCUGGGCCGGUCCUGGAGCGUCCCCGUCAUCAGGCAUCUGUUCGCACCACUGAAAGACUACUUCGCCUGUGAAUAGACCCCACGACCAGCAAACAGACACCACUUACGAACAAACACCAGCUUUUCUUUUCAUAUUGUGAGACCGGCUCAGACAGACAUCAGCCGCCAGAAGAAGUUUGUAAAGAGCUGGAAGGUUUUUUUUUGUUUUGUUUUGUCUUUUAAUUCUGGAAGACAAAUAGUCAGAUUCACUAAAGUUAAUAGUGGAAGUAGCUGUUAGUUUGUAUCCAGCCGUUUGUGGGUCCUGGAGAUAAUGCACUGCAGCCUUAAACACACAUAACACACACUAACAUAGAGAUACACAAACACAGCACAGGCGAGCUCCUUAGCUGUGGUUCAUCACUACCCCACAGAGAGAGGGAGGGUCAGCGUGUAUCAUCCACGGUGCUUUGCCUCCCAGCUGAGGUUACAAUGACUUGACUGCUUUGUUAAUUAACAUCAGGCCCGUUUAUGAUUUUAACAGGAUUUUUACGACAUUGCUUUUAAGUUGACAACACUUAACAUGGCACCAACGGUACAGCUUUUUUUAGAUGGCUCCGUGUCAAACUCGUCAAACAUUUCAGGGGUCGCUCAUCCCUCCGUUUAGCUUUAGUGCGACCGCGACGAGCAGGCUGCUGAUCUGAACAGAAACACUCUGAAGCUCACUUGAACCAAAGUCACAAGACGGGGACAGCCGAAGUCCUGGUUUCCUUUUCUGGGCUGACUGCUGUGCCCUCGCCUCGGCCUGAAUGUGCUUUUUCUUUUUUGUCUAGAAAACACGAUACUCUAGUUUUCUGCCCAAAUACAAAUAUCUAUAUUGUAUAACUGUCCUAGAUCAUAAAAGGUGAACAUCUGUUCAUUCUAACUGCACAACACGAGUGUUGUGGGAGCAACACUCAUUAACAACUUUUAUCUUCGUUAAAAUGAUGAGCAGCUUACAUUUUCCCAGACAGUAAAGCAGUGUGUACCUAAUUAGAUUUAAAUAUGCAUCAUGUUUGAGUAGACCAAAAGGAGAUCAGGUGCGUCCGCAGUGAUCUGAAGAUACCGAGCAGCUCUUGAGCAAACAAUGCUGGGCAGUAAAAGAAAAUACAUUCAGCGGCGGAGGCUGGUGGACGUCAGGCCAACCUGUAAACGAAGCAGGAGUUUGGCUUUUUAGUUCAUUUUUAUACAUUUUACUUUUUGUCUUUUGCUUUGAGAUGAGUAUCUUUAAAAAAAGGAAAAAAAAAAAACUUUUAUUAAAGAUUAUAUUAAAAUGUUUUUGUAUAGAUAGUGUGAAACGUAUACUGUUUUUUUAAUGUCACAUCUCCCUGAUAGCUACAUACAAAUACUUGAAACACGCCAAUGCAAAAACAGAGAUAGAGUUUAUGUCUUUUGUCGAUCAUUGCAGACAGAUAAUUCAAAAGAGUGAUGGCAUUCCUUUUUUUAUAUCCUACUGUAGAUGUUUAGAGCUUAUCUUAAAAAUAGUUUACUGUAGCGGCUGGAUGCCAGCCAGCGUCUCCACAUCCUGGUUAAAGGAAGUCACUGUGUGUGUGUGAACGGCAACAUAGAGAAAUGGUGGGAAACACUGGUGAGCAGGUAAACUAGCACUGAUUACUGUUUAAAGGAGUUUCUUUGUUUUUUUUAGUUCCCAAAAGAAAACCUGACCAGAGGACUGCCAUGAGAAUCAUCUCUGUGACGCUGGUUGAUGCUGUGCUUUGGUAUACAGUAUGAAUGAAGUAAGAAUCUGAUUACUACGCUCACAGAUGAGACUUAAACAAGACUAAAAAUGCCCAAACGACACUAAAGACGUGUUUCUUUCAGCACUCCUUAAUGCUAGAGCUUGUUUCCCAAAGUGCCUUUCUGAAUUAUUGCUAAAUUGGAUACUAGAAGGUUUUUUUUUGCCUGCCGUUACUUGACAUACUGUAUACUUGAGCGUGAGCACGUUGACCAGACAGGGGAGUUGACUGGACUUUUUUUUUUAUCUUGGUGCCAAACUCUUAAAAACUCUUGAUAACUGGAAGAUUUUGAAAUGCUGUUGGCUGUCACCAAAUCAUACUAAACACGGGCAUUACCUCAAGUCAAAGGGGGCAAACUGUACAUCACUCCUCCUAUAGGAUCUCUGUUCUGUGAAUAUAUGCUGUAGCUUUCUGCUCCCAUAUGCCCUGUAUAUAUAUAUAGCUUGUAUUUUUAUCACUGGAACUUUUUUUUUUUAAUGUUUUGCGUACUGUAUCGAUAAAAAGGUUUACAAGUGUUUUUAAACUCUCUUGUUUGACCAGGAACAAAGAAAAUGCACAAGAACUUUUUUAUCUUUCAGAAAUCCUCCAUGGUGCUCAAAAGACGCCUUAAAAGUGCCAUCAGGAACUUUUCUUUUUAAAAAAAAGUCUUUUAAAGUCCUUUUAAUUAAAAACCAAAAAGUAAUUGUUUACAUGCUUCAUUGAUACUGCUGAACUUGUUGAAUGUUUUGCUUGAAGACAGUACGCAAAAACUUUUAGUUCUUUUCUUGUUGUAGCUGCUCUUUAAGACUUUUUAUAGAGAACACAUACAGUAUAUAUUAACACAGUUUAAAGCUUGCUUGAAAUUUCUAAUGUUACAGUGUGAUAGAGCUUAUUAAUCAAUAGCUUUUUAUAUAUAUAUAUAUCUUGUGUUGUAGAUGUAAACCAUUUGAGUGUGUAUUUGUAGGCUUAUGUGUGAAUGCUACCUGAGAACGUUCACUAUAAAACCUUUUUGUGCUUGAUCUUUUAUCAUUUUUCUUUUUCUUUUAUAAAAACUAAGGCGCAAAAAAGCAUUUUUGUUAAAAAAAAAAGAACAUAUUCUGUGCUAUUUUUAUACUUUAUUUGAAUUGUUAGUGGAAAAUGUUUUGUGUUCUUCUUAUAGCAACUUAUAUAUAUGAUUUCUACUCAAUAAAA